CUACUGUCCACACUCUCCUCUCCUCUCCUCUCCUCCGCUGCGGCGCAAGCGCAAAGCUUUUUUUUACUGCUUUUGCUACUUUUGGGGGACCUCAAGGCCGCCUCUCAAAUCCAGAGGAGGAGAAAAAGUGGAGAGCUCUCUCUCUCUCUCUCUCUCUCUCUCUCUCUCUCUCUCGCUCUCGCUCGCCCUCAAGCCAAGAAAAGGUUCUCCUCUUCGCUCUUGCUGCUUGCGCUCCUCACCCGAUCUCGCCAUUCGCGUCGGCGGCCGGCCGGUUGCCCCUGCCGCCCCGGUUCUUGGAUCCUAGAUUUGGCUGUCCGGGGAGCGGAAAGGGUUGGAUUUUUCUUUUUUUGUUUUUGUUUUUGUUUUUGUUUUUGGGAGUGUGUUGGGGAGGGGCGAUGGGGGCGUCGCCGCCGUCGCCUGAUCCGAUGAGGCCCCGGGCGGUGGAGUGAGCGGCUGUUCCUGGACCAGGUCUGAUUCUCCGUGCUGUGGUUCAAAUGAUCUGGGCCUCGUGUUGAUUGGGUUGGGGGAGGCUGGGUGGUGGAUUCCUUCAGGUCUGGAGAUCUUUGUGCUGUUGGGUGAGUUGGGAGGGAGCUGUGGGUUUGUAGAUCCCUGCUGGUUGCUGCGGCUGAUUUGGGUAUUGCUAGGGUUUUUGGUUGGCUGUGGUGGGGGGGGGGGGGGGAAGAAGAUGAUCAAGCAGAUCCUUGGCCGGCUGCCGAGGAAGCCAGGGAAGGCCGGCGAUAGCCGGGACGCCGCUGGGCCGAACGGCAAUGAGCCGUCUAACUCGUACAGCGUCGCCAGGAGCGUGGAGCAAGGGAACAAGAGGAGUGGAAAUGGGGAUUACGUGGUGCCGGCUGGGCUGACGCCCAAUCCGAUGAUGAAUGGGACUGUGGUGUAUCACUCCAACGAGCCGCUGCCGGCGUUCAAGGACGUGCCGGCCUCGGAGAAGCAGAAUUUGUUUGUCAAGAAGGUGAACCUGUGCUGCGCGGUGUACGAUUUCGCGGAUCCGACAAAGAAUCUGAAGGAAAAGGAGACGAAGCGGCAGACGCUUAUGGAACUUGUUGACUAUGUCACUUCUGCAAAUGGCAAGUUCUCUGAAGUCGUCAUGUCGGAGAUUACCAAGAUGGUGUCGAUUAACUUGUUCCGGAGCUCCAGCCCCACCCCUCGAGAGAACAAGGCCAUCGAAGGAGUUGAUCUGGAGGAGGAGGAGCCUCUCAUGGACCCAGCAUGGUCACAUUUACAGAUAGUUUAUGAGGUUUUCUUGAGGUUUGUCGCAUCACAGGAGACAGAUGCAAAGCUGGCUAAGAGAUACAUAGAUCAUUCCUUCAUCCUUAGGCUACUAGAUCUUUUUGAUUCGGAAGACCCCAGGGAAAGGGAUUAUUUGAAGACAAUCCUCCAUCGCAUAUAUGGUAAAUUCAUGGUGCACCGCCCCUUCAUCAGGAAAGCAAUCAACAAUAUUUUCUACAGGUUUAUAUUUGAAACAGAGAAGCAUAAUGGUGUUGCAGAGCUGCUGGAGAUCUUGGGCAGCAUAAUUAAUGGUUUUGCUCUUCCACUUAAAGAAGAGCACAAAUUGUUCCUUGUCCGGGCACUGAUCCCACUUCACAAGCCAAAAUGUGUAUCUAUGUACCAUCAGCAAUUAUCAUACUGCAUCACACAGUUUGUUGAGAAGGACUGCAAACUUGCUGACACUGUUAUUAGGGGCUUGCUAAAAUAUUGGCCUGUGACAAACAGUUCAAAGGAGGUGAUGUUCUUGGGUGAACUAGAAGAGGUUCUGGAGGCAACACAGCCUGCAGAAUUCCAAAGAUGCAUGGUUCCACUCUUCCGUCAGAUUGCCUGUAGCAUGAAUAGCUCACAUUUCCAGGUGGCAGAGCGGGCGCUGUUUCUUUGGAACAAUGACCACAUUGAGAACUUAAUUAAGCAGAAUUACAAGGUGAUAUUACCCAUUAUCUUUCCUGCGCUUGAGAGGAAUGCAAGGGGUCACUGGAACCAAGCAGUUCGAAGCCUGACACUGAACGUACGCAAGAUCUUCUCAGAUCAUGAUUCUGCAUUUUUCGGGGAGUGCACACAGAAGUUCAACGACGAUGAACUCAAGCAGGAAGAAUCUAAUUCGAAGCGAGAAGCUUUGUGGAAGCGCUUAGAGGAAGCGGCUGUCCCCAGAUCCGACAAUAACAACCCUGUGGGCACGCCUAAUGGCAAAUUCAGUCAAGCAGCUGGCUAGAAAAUACCAUAGCAAUUACAGUCUUGCAAUCCUUUAACCCCAUGUGCGAUUCUCUGGAACUUGGUUUGUGAUUUUAGUGUUGAAAAUUUUUUGUUGGUGAGUUGGUUUCCCCCUUGUUCUAGGCGGGUAGGAUGUCUUUGGUUUCCUGAGAACUGCAUGAUGAAAAAUGUACACAUACAGAAGAAUUUCUGCGAGCUUUGCCCUAUGUGUAGUCACAUUAAUCAGAAUUAUCAUAUAGUUGAAUAAACAGUGUUAAGUUUCUGUUGCGGAUACAUAGUUGUGUUGCUUACUGUAAUGGCAGCAAUCGUUGUGUUA